AUGAACCAGUCGACGAUCAACUUUGCGCAGCCGGGCUCGCAGCAGCAGCCGCCGCCACCCGGAGCCCCCGAAGGCUGGCCGCAGAACUUGGGAGGAGCGGCUUUUAGCCAGCCGGACCCGUCGCCCUCGCCCAACCCCUCGGCGCAGAUGCUCAACCCGCAGCAGGUCUUCCAGCCUAAGGUCGGGUCGGAUCGGCCGCCGUGA